AUGACCGAUAAAGAACCUACUCCUCUUUCUCCUAUCGCUAAAGAGAUUGAAGAAAAAGCCGCAAAGGUUAAGGAAAAUCUUAAACAUGUAGAAACCAAUGAAAAAAAUACAUUACCUACUGCUGCAGGCAAAUAA